AUGGCCCCAAACAAGGCGGGUGCAAAUACGCCAGCUUCGUACAUGCCCAACGUCCCCGUGGAUCCCGAGCACGAGAAAAGAAUCAAGGCAGAAGCCAGGGCUUAUGCCUUGAGUGGCAUCUCGUCUACGGCAAAGAGAAAAUCGCCUAGCACAAUACAGACUUCUGAACCUGGACCCAUUCGCAAGGUUGCGAGACAAAGCAACGUGAGCAUAUCAUCCAUUUCAUCUACGGUGAAUCCGCAGAGAACAGACGCGAUGCUCAAUUAUAGAGACGACCUAAAACCGAAAGCACAGGUCCCCGUAGUCGGUCCACCCAGGGUUACAACGUUUGAAGGGGACGAAGACUACGUCCUAUUCGUGAAGAGCCUCAACCUGGACGACGCAAUGUUUGCCGCAGCGGACAAUGACGAUGAGGAGUUUCAACUGUCAGAUGUAGACGAUGACGAUGAGGACGAUGAUGAAAAUGAUUUGAGCGAAAUGUACAACACUGAUUUGCCAAGUACGACUGAAGUUGCAACAUCAACUCCAACACUAUCCUCCCCGUUGUCUUCGUCUCCUGUACAGCUUCCCGACUUUGAAGCCUCGAUGUACCAUGAUUUAGAGGAAGAGCUUGGCAGUUUGCUCGAAGAGGACCUAGAGGCGGCUGUUCAAUCACUCAUGACGUCGAAGACAACAAAUCCAUCCAACGCAAUCACACCCUCUUCACCAAGUUGCAAAAGCCCAGAAGUGACAAUUAAGCCGCAGUGCACCAGGGCUCUUCCUGACACCAGAACAGAUUCCCCAGCAACACCUUUGAGAGAUGCUGCUCGUCAAGGUCCUAGAGCGCAGGUUACGUACCAGCAAACUCAACAAUUGCGACAUCUUCUCGCUCAGCACUAUCAGCUUCUGGUACAACAGGCUAUCUUGGGCAUCCGGGCAGCACAUUUUCAGAAGCUCGACAAGGAAAAGUCUGAUUUUCUUUCAGGUGAAACCGCGGACGACUUGGCAGAAAUCCUGGACGGGGCGGUUGGAAUGCUUCAAGACCUAGAUCAGAACCGAAAAGAUGCAAUCAGAAAUUCCAUACAGUUAGGUGACACUGUUUCCAAAAGUGACGAUUCCACAAUUUCGUUGCCAGGAAGAAGAUCUCUUUUGUCAAAAUUUGCGGAAACUUCCAAUUCGUCACACCAAAAUCAAAAGGAUCGUCCGCUUACAAGAUUGGCUUUUUCUCAAUCUCUACAGCAGGGAUCCAAUUGGCCAAAGCGAACAACAUUUGACAUUCUCGGUCUAGUCAAGCUCAAGGAAACCUUUGCCACCAUCGAUAGGAGCGUGGCUGGAAUCAAGAAGCCAGGGAGUAUUCUUGAGCUUCCUACACACGGUGAGGCAUGUCGGAUGGUACUUCGACAAGCAGGGGCAAACAUCGAAGAAAUGCUCGUUCCUGGGGAAAGAAAAAUAACAGACAAUUUUUGUGACUGUGGAGAGUUUUUUGGCGAAUUAUUCAAGGAACCAUGUAAAGACGAGCAAGAUCUUUUCUUGCGAAGAAAUCGGAACUUGUUUACUAGCGGUGAAGAUAAUUUGGUUUUGAGAGGCGUAAAUUUGUACGGAGAGAAACAGUGGAUUCUAAUUGCUGACAGAUAUUUGCCAGAUCGGUCGGUGAAUAUUAUCUCUCAGCGCUAUUCGAAAUUGUGCGUGAUGCUCUACAAGGCGCACGGCAUAACUAUUGAUGAGAAGGGCUGUCUUGACGAACCUCCAAAGCUUGAAUCCGUUGAUGAUAUCGAUGAGGCGAAAGUCAACGAGUUGGAACUCAAGACAGUUGAUCCCCCAGCUAUAUUGAAUGUCCAUAGAUGGUCCUUGGAGGAAGACUUGACACUUCUUAAGGCAGUACCAUUAAUGGGGCACAUGUGGGCCGAACUAGGUGCUCGUUUGAUUCCACACAGAGACCGUGGGCACCUACGCAAACGAUACCAAGUCUUAGAACGAAGGGUCAAGGCAACCGUAGCACGAAACUCAAAGUGGGAAGCUGUUUCUUCCAAACCGUCAAAAGGACAAGGGUUAACGCGGAAACUAUUCACUCCAGCUGCGGCAUUGCGACCACCACCAACGAAGACUGGUGGCAAGCUUAGCAACGCGGUAGCUGCAACCAAGAUUUCUGUUCAAUUGAAGGUCCCGCGAAUGAGCAUAGAGAAAGCAGCAGCAUCUCUGGCUUUUCUGCGUCCGCCAAAAGCCGACUCGGUAUCUGUUUCAGCUUUGAAAAGUACCCCUUCCGUUCAAUCUGCUGAGGUUGUAAAUUAUGAUUCCGGAGCUCCGCUUUCUGCGUUACACUGCCUAAAACCACCUGCCGACACGUCGCGAAACGGGAUAACAGCUGGAAGGAUGAAACUGGCUCCUGUAGCCCAAGCCUCCACUUCCAAACAGCCAUCUGCAAAACUUUCCACGCAUUCGUCAAAACUUUCAUUCAUAGACACUAACUUUGGCAGCGAACUUUCUUCUUCACGGCUUGCGUUCGAGCAGCUAGUAGAUGGUACCGGAGAAGAAUGGUCGCAACUAUCUCGGGUAAAGAAGAUGCUUGAGAACGAUCCUGCAAGCCAGCCUGACGAUGUUAUAGAAAACAGCCUGACAAAAAGUCCGAUGCGCUCGAACUUAUCAAAGCUACCUCAAAUGGAGCUAGAUUCUGAUUCCAUGAGCGGUUUGUCGAUACUUCAGUCAGAAGCCUCUCGCCAGCACGACACUGAACCUCCCACUGUCGCUCGAGCAAGCAUAAUGUCUCGAGUUCUAGAGAGUUCUUCGAAGAAUGAGGAGCAUUCAAGACUUAAUUCGAAGGAAAUUGUCUCGAAAAGUGUAGCAAACAAAGCUGACCCCAAUAAAAACACCCCGAAAAAGCAAGCUAGGCAAAAGCCCAACCCUGCGACUCCCUUGCCAUCGACACCUAAGCGGCCAAACUUCUUCUCGAUGACUGGUACUCCUAUUGGACUGUCUCCUGGAUUCCGACCUUCCCCGAACGGUGCAUUGAAUUCUAUCAAAAACAAAAGUCUUCGUGCCUCAGGACUUCUUUCUCCACCUCCAAGUUCUGUUUCUCGCCUUGUAAAUGAUCAAAGCGUAGAUGAGUUCAGAUAUUGUGACUUCAAUAUCUCGGAAGAAAGUCAACAGCGAUUCGAAGGAGCGUCAAGGGACCAGCGGGCAAAUGUUCCCUCUACACCAUCGAAAUCAACAGCUUUUGGUGAACAUCUCAUGGCGAAUGAUCUUGAUGCAAUAUCGGCACUAAGCGCGUUGAGUAACUCCCCUUUCAAGAAAGGCUUGGAACGUAGAGAUAUGAAGAGGAAAGAAGUGAAACAAUCCUUUUUCGCUACCGUUGUUGGAGGAACAAAAAAAACUGAGCGACAGGGUUCAUAUCCGAAACACAAGUUAGACUUCUGA